AUGGCAUCGCAAGAAAUGAAACUACCAGGCACUUUCCAGCCUCCUCGUGUUCCUCAAAGCCAAGCAAAGCCAGGACUCGAGAAAAAUAUGCAGCCGGCUAGUGAACCAACACAACUUAAAGGCGAUGGAUUCGUUGAUUAUGUUGGAAAUAACAAAUUGAAAGACAAGAGUGUGCUGAUUACGGGAGGCGACUCCGGCAUUGGUCGAGCCGUUGCUGUUCUUAUGGCAAGGGAAGGCGCCGACGUUACAAUCGCCCAUCUUCCCGAGGAGCAAGAAGACGCGAAAGACACCAAGCAAAUGGUGGAAGCUGAAAAGAGAUCUUGCUUUCUCUUUGCCGGUGAUCUGACCAACUAUGAAAAUUGUCGUCGAGUUGUUGACGAACACUUUCGAAGUUACGGAAGUCUCAACAUCCUUGUCAACAACGCAUCCCAGCAAUACAUGUGUAAGGCCUUCACCGAUAUCGACCUCAAUACUGUUGAGCAUAUCUUUCGAAGCAACAUCCUACAGAUGUUCGCAAUGACCAAGUAUGCACUUACAUACAUGAAGAAAGGAGACACACCCGGUGCCAUCUAUACCCCUAUUCAACCCGAUACACGAACAGCGAAGCAAAUGGAAGGCUGGCAUACCAAGAGCCCACUCGGACGUCCCGGACAGCCAAGCGAGGUUGCUCCUACCUUUGUGUUCCUGGCUAGCCCCGAAGCUUCGCUAUACUGUGUGUGA